AAACCAGUUAAAAGCGAGUGUGAUAUGCCAUUUUAAAUUGGGGGAUUUUAUUGUUUCACAAUUUGUACGGUUUUUUGGCCAUUGGUAGCUUAGUUUAAUGGCAAGAGCCCUCGAGGAAGCAUCACAGAGCCACCGAUAUAAUCAGAAAAAUGUUAAUUCUUCCGCUUAUUUUAUUGGUGCUAUCCCCGAGUUUUUCGUUGUCUCAGUAUCAGUAUAAUAUUAACCGUCCGAAGCCACAGUUACCGCCUUUUAAAUUUCCAACGCAGGACAAAGAACUUGUUCGAGUCUUUGAAUGGAAAAACAUACAGUAUGGCUUUCCAAGUGAACAGGAACGCCAGGAAGUCCUGAGGAAUGGUCGAUAUAACCCAGAUAGCCCCAUACCUAUUGAUAUUGGUGUGUACUAUCCACAAAAUGGAGGCCCAGCACGAUACUUUAUUACCACCCCUAGAUUUGGACAAGGAGUACCUUAUUCUCUGGCUUAUGUCACCAGUAUUCAAGGAUCAAAUGGCACCGAGGUUCAGGCUUAUCCUAGCUACCAGUGGCACAGUAGCCAUGGGAGAAACUGCGAUGGUCUAACCUCUGUUUACCGGGUGCACAUCGAUGCCUGUGGACAAAUGUGGAUCCUGGACAGUGGAGAAAUUGAGUUUGUGCAACACUGUGCACCCCAAGUGGUGGUCAUUGACUUGGCCACAGAUCAAUUGAUUCAUCGCUACCGAUUGCCGUCUGCCUCUUUCAAAGCGGGAGUUAGUAGAUUUGUGAAUAUCCUGGCCGAUAUCAGGGACCCUCCGCCGCAGGGCCAGUGCAAGGAUGUGUUCGCAUAUCUAGCCGAUCCCACCAGCAAAGCCAUUGUGGUCUACGAUGUGCUGGGUCAGCAGUCAUGGCGUGUAGAAAAUAAAUUCACCUACCCUGAUGCCAAAUUUGGAACCCAUACUGUGGCCGGAGAAAGUUUCGAACUUCUCGAUGGCCCUCUCGCCUUGGCAGUAACUCCUUUCGGCUUGGGGCUGCGACGACAUCUGAUAUUUCACGCCUUGUCCAACGAACUGGAGCUAGCCAUUCCCCUGGAUGUGCUCAACAACGCCACGAAUUGGCAGAAGGGUCUUGGCUCCUCGCUUUCAGAAUUUGUUACUUUGGGCCGGAGGGGUGUUCAAUGUGCUUCGCAUGCUAUCAGCCGGCAAGGAUAUCUCUUCUGCGGCUUUUUGAAUCCGAUUGGCAUCUUUGCCUGGGACAUACGCACACCCUACAAUGGCCAAAAUGUUAAACUGCUGGCCCUGAAUCCUGAGACUCUGCAGUUUGUGAGCGGUUUGAAGAUCGUCAGUCGACCCUCCGAUGGGCGGGAGGAACUCUGGCUGUUCUCCAAUCGCCUGCAGAAGAUAUUUGCCGGAACCAUUGACUACACCGAGAUCAAUUAUCGGGUCUUGCGUUGCGAUGUGGAUGACCUGUUGCAGGGGCGGGGAUGCUUUUAGAUCCGAGAUCCGAAAUACCAAAUCCGAUACCCUCAUCCCAAUUUUUAAGUGACUGUGAGGCUGUGUAAACACUCUUUAAGCCGCCAUAAAAGAUGUCCAUCCAUAAAUCUUAGGAGCAUUCGAAGUGUUUGCUUGGUCGCCACAGGUACACGACCUUUUAUCUGGUCUGUCGAUGGUCAAUUACACUUCCAGAAAUGAUAUGUACUGAAUAUAAAGAAAUAAAGAAUUUUCAAAUAUGUACUUUUA